AUGGAUACCUAUUUGUAUCGCUUCAUGUUCGUGCGCUUCCUUUUUCUUCUCUUAAUAUUGUUCCUUGUUUUACUCACUGCCUCUUUGUCUUCUUUGCAGCCACUUUGUCAUGAUGAUAAGAGAUCUGCCUUGUUGCAAUUCAAGGAUAGCUUUAUCCUAAACAAGUCUGCUUCUGUUUAUCCUUCUGCAUAUCCUAAAGUUGCAUCAUGGAGUCUAGGAGGGACUAGUAGUGAUUGCUGCUCAUGGGACGGGGUUGAUUGCAAUGAGGACACGGGUCAUGUGAUUGGCCUUGACCUUAGUAGCAGCUUUCUCUAUGGUUCUAUUAAUUCCAGUAACAGCCUCUUCCGCCUUCUUCAACUUCAAAGGCUUAAUCUUGCUGAUAAUGACUUCAACGACUCUCGAAUCCCAUUCGGAAUUGGCAAUCUUUCAAGGUUAACUUAUCUGAACCUCUCCUACUCUGUGUUUUUUUCAAGACAAAUCCCUUCAGAGCUUUCACAUCUCAAUAAGUUGUCUUCCCUCGAUCUGUCUCUUAAUCCUGAUUUCUUACGCAACCAAAACAAAUUGAGUGGGUUUGAUCUGAGAGGCAACAAUCUUGAAGGCCUAGUACCCAAAUGGAUGUAUAAUGCAAGUAGAGAAUCUCUUGAGACUAUACUCCUUUCUGACAAUUUUCUAAUAGGCUUUGAACAAUCUCCGGUUGUUCUCCCAUGGUCGAAUCUAGCUUAUUUAUCUCUAGACAAUAACAGGCUACAAGGAUCGCUCCCAAUUCCACCACCAUCUAUCCAGUCUUAUCGAGUUCAAAGGAACUUGAUAAGAGAAAUGUCACCGUUGAUUUGCAAUCUCAGUUCACUUUAUUACCUUGAUUUGUCCUAUAACAACUUGAGUGGCAUGCUUCACCCUUGUUUAGGAAACUUAAGUUCUUUGGAAAUACUUCAACUUCGAAGUAACAACUUCCAUGGCACCAUCCCAAAAACAUGGGCAAAGCAAAGCAACUUAAGGAUGAUUGAUUUAAGUAAAAACCAAUUACAAGGUCAGCUACCCAAAUCAAUGGCUAAUUGUAUGAUGCUAGGGUAUAUUAAUGUUGGUAACAAUCAGAUCAAUGGCCCAUUUCCCUCCUGGUUGGUUUGCAAUCUGAGUUCACUUGAAGUACUUGAUUUGUCCUAUAACAACUUGAGUGGAAAGCUUCAUCCAUGUUUAGGAAACUUUAGUUCUCCUUUGUCAGUACUUCAACUACGAAGCAACAGCUUUCGUGGCACCAUCCCAAAAACAUGGGCAAUGGGGAACAACUUAACGGUGAUUGACUUAAGUGAAAACCAAUUCCAUGGUCAGUUACCAAGAUCCAUGGCCAACUGUCUGAUGCUAGAGUAUCUUAAUGUUGGUAACAAUGAGAUCAAUGAUACCUUUCCCUUUUGGUUGGGAGCUCUUUCUCAGUUGAAGGUUCUCGUCCUCCGUUCUAAUGCAUUCCAAGGUGCAAUACAGAGUCCUGGAAUCAAUUAUACAUUCCCUAAGUUGCAUAUCAUUGAUCUCUCUCAAAAUAGUUUUUCAGGAAAUUUGCCUGUAGAGUAUUUCCUACAUUGGAAUGCGAUGAAAGUUUUUGGUGCAAAACAGUUGAAAUACAUGGAGGUGAAUUCUAGGCGAAGCUCGUUUGGUUCCGUACAAUGCACAAUUACAAUUACAAACAAAGGCAUAAUGUUGAAGUAUGAGAAAAUCCCAGAUGUUUUGAGGGUCAUUGAUUUUUCGAGCAAUAGAUUUGAAGGAGAAAUUCCAUGUGUCUUGGGUAGUUUAAAAGGACUUCAUUUGCUCAAUCUUUCUAACAAUGCUCUUACUGGUCAUAUCCCAUUGUCCUUGGGGAACUUGACACAAGUAGAAUCAAUGGACUUUUCUCAAAACAAGUUGUCUGGAAUGAUACCCGCCCAACUAGCAGAGCUCAAUUUUCUUGCAUCUUUUAAUGUCUCCAACAAUCAGAUUAACCCAUGUGAAGCUCAGGCAGCACUGUUGUGUGGGCAUCAGAUUUUGGAAUAA